AUGGCAGCAACAGGCGUCGAACAAACGCCUGUGAAUGGCGAAAAAGCGCCUGCUUCAGUGCCGCGAAAGUUCAAGGCCUCAGAUCUUCCUCUACCUUCAGCGACAAGAGCUGCGAUAGAAUCGCUGGCUCAUAGCUUCAAAAAGGAGGGAGCCUACGAUUCUAUCAGAAAACAAGUCUGGGACAAGUUUGAAGCCAGCGAUUACGAGGCUCAAGUUACCAAGUCAAUACUCGAAGUGGCCGAACAAGAAAUCGAACGGAAUCCACAGCAGCUUCUCACACUCGACCGGAGAAAGGCAGCAGCCCUUAUUGAUGGUGCUCUGGAGAGAUCUGGAGUUUAUCAGAAAGCGGAAGACGUUAUUAGCCAGUUAAUCGACGUUGAAGCUAUCGAAGAGCGGAUCCGCGAAAGUCGUCGUGCAGACGUCGGCGAGGAAGCGGCCGAGGCAGAAAAGAUCCGAGGAGCGAAAACCGACGAAGAGUAUGCAGCCGACACCGAGGCUCGACGAGCAGAACGUGAACGUGUUCGGGAAGAAUUGCGACAAAAAGAAGCUGCAAUCGAGGAGGAAAAACGAAGAAUUAUCAAGGAAGAACGAAAGAAGGAGGAGCGAGAACGUGAGAAGGCCGAACUCAAACGUCAGGAAGAAAGAGACGAACGCCGCAGGAAGCGCGAACAAGAGCGCGAGGAGCGUGAAAGGUUACGGGAUAUCGAAAGAGAGAAGCGACACAAGGAGCGCGAUCAGGAUAGAGACCGUGGUCGGGACACAAGAGACAGGGACAGAGACAGAGACAGGGACCGCGAUCGAGACCGAGACCGACACCAUGAUCGUGACAGAGAUCGUCGUGAUCCUGACCGACAUAGGGAUGAUCGCCACAAGGAGAAGCAAGCUGUCUCUGCCGAAUUAAAGGAGAAGCUUUCCAAAGAGGAGCACGAGCGUUUAGAGCAAGAGGCUCUGGCUGAUCUACUCCGCGAAAGUUCCAAACCGACUCAAAAGCAAGAACUGGAGAUUGAUUCGUCCUUGGCACCGCCACCACGAAAGACAGGUCCUGUAUCUGCUAUCAACCCCAUUCGGCGAGAACGCUCCUCGAUUGCCGAAGGUCGCAAGAACAGCGACGUAGGACUUAGAGCUGAACGCGCUGGAUCUGGAACCCCUGCUCAGACAAAGAGACCUUCCGCGGAUGAAAACAAGCCAAGUCGUAGUGCUUCAAGGGUUGUGGAACGCGAUGGAGACCGUGACAGGGCCAGAGACCGUGACCGACCUAGAGAACGAGAUGGCCGUCGCGAUCGGCGCUCAAACUCUCCGCGUAGAGCUCGUAGUGGCUCACGAAUCAGAGAUAGACGUGAUCGAAGCCGUUCUCGAGUUAGACAGGAAAGACCUCGCUCGCGGACUGGUAGAGACGAUCGUGGGGUUAGAAGCCGAUCGCGACCCAAGUACGACCACUAUGAGCGAAGCAGAUCUCGAAGACGCGAUGGUAGCCGUGAGCGACCGAGGGUAGCAGAUCGAAGAGACAGAAGCAGAUCCAGACCCCGAACAGAAAGGAGAGACCGAAGCCGGGAUAGAAGAGAUGGCUCACGCUCACGAUUGGGACCUAACAGACCGGAUAGAGUUCGCUCUCGCACACGACGUGAUCGAAGCCGUUCGCGCGAUGCUCGACUUGGCGCUGCUGAUCAUUAUGAUCCUCGUGAAAGAGACCGUGAACGAGAUAAGGACCGACCUCGUGACCGUGAUCGCGAGAGAAACGAUAGAUCUCCCCCUCGGCGACGAAGUCGGGAAAGAACCCGAGACGAUCGUGAACCAGAGAAGCCGCGCGACAAGGCUCCUGAGAAGGCCCCUGAGAAAGCACCUGAAAAAGAGCCCGAAAAGGAAAAGGAGAAGAAGAAAGACAAACCGUCUGAUCGCCGAAGCCGUUCUCGAUCACGAGCCGCCGCCUCUGCCAUACGACCAAACUCUAGCAAGGUACAGGAUGAACUUGAAGAGUGGAAGAGGGAAGAGGUCAGGAAGCGAGAAAAAGAAGCCAAGGCCUAUCUGGCGGCGCAAAAGGACGCCAGAAAUAAGGGCUUGCCGAUCCCAGGACUCGACGACAAGAAGAGCAGUGGUGAGAAAUCUCCCGAUCUACGCCGCCGCUGGGUUACAGACGAUAUUGACAGAUAUACGCCUGGAGGCCGCGAGGAGCGCAGAGGCAGUCCUUCCAGGGCCCGCGAUGCGACUAAGGACCGCGACCGUGAUCUCAACCGGGAAAGAGACAGAGAUCGUGACAAGUUGAGAGGCGGAGACAGUUACCGCGAGCGAGACAGGGACCGAGAUCGGGAUAGAGAUAGACGGGAUAGGGACCGGGACCGAUCUCGAGAUCGCGACCGUGAUAGGGACCGACGUGAUCGUGAUAGGGAUCGUGAAAGAGAGCGGUCCAGAGACAGGAGGAACCGACGAGAUCGCAGCUUGUCUCCUCGGCGAGAGAGGAGAGAUCGUAGCCGAAGCCGUCGAUAA